CUGAGGGCGGCAGCUCCUGCCCCCGGCGUCCAGUUCUCUCGGCCAGGGGCUUCUCAGCCGUGACCGAGCGAGGCCGGAGAGCAAACGUAGGGUUUUCUUUUAUCAUUACACGGGGCAGUAAGAACGGCUGGGGCUGGGCAGCGCGGGUGAAGGCUGAGUGCCUGCCACAAGGGUUUAACUCGUCAAAGGUCGGUCUUGCAGACAAGCCGGGCCUGUGCUGGACACCCCAAACUCGGCUUUUUGGCUGCUUGCGUGGGUCGGAGGGAGGCUGUAGGGCAAAAUUUCUUUGCUAGGGGAUGGAGAGGUACUAAGUUGGCAAGUUUCUGGCGCUGUGCUGUUAAUUAAUGCAGAAAAAUCUUAUAAGUGGAAAUUGAGAUAGCAGGCGAAGGAGAGCAACGUGAGGAUGUGGACGUUUUGGAAAUGCCUUAAAGAGGUCCUCCGUCAGACAGCUACUACGUGACAAGUUUCCUUGCUGCUGGGCCGAGAGUGCCCGAUGCUGGCUAUCAUGGCUGAUCCCGCAGCAGAAGAACACAUGUCUCAAGUUAGUGAACUCUGCUGUGAAUGUGGUCAGUUCCACCUCUUGUUGGACAAUCAUCUCUACAACUUCCAGGAUGAAGUGGAUGAUGAACUCAUCUGCCAUAUCUGCCUUCAGCCUCUGCUCCAACCGAUGGACACACCCUGUGGACAUACGUACUGUUUCAAGUGCCUUGAAAACUUCAUGCAGGAGUAUAACUUUUGUCCUAUGGAUCGGAAAAAGCUCUCUUUCCAGCAGUGCCACAAGUCCAGCCUUCUAGUACGAAACCUGUUGGAUAAGCUGAUUGUCUUCUGUCCUUUCAAGACAGAGUGUCAGCAGACAAUGCAGCGGUGUGAACUAGAAGCUCAUCUGCAGAACAGGUGUCCUGGCUUCAAGAAAUACAAAUCUGAACUACAGCGGAAAAAGAAUCCCACUCCCAAAGGGAAGGAAGAUCCUCCUACCAAGGUGGAGGCAAACACACCCAAGGACCCAGAAGUACCAACCGGAGGAUCAUCACUUGUGGCAGAAAGCUCUGCAGCGGCUGUGGUAUCGCUAGGGACUGCAGAGCCUGGACUGGUUAAUCCAGCUUUUGAGGAGACUGAAGAAGAUCUUCCUCAGAGAACCAGCCUUGUGGCUGAAACGACUACAAUUGAAAUUCACCGAGAAGACCCAGAGGAAGAGCUGGGGAUGAGGAUAGUUGGGGGUAAAGACACCCCACUAGGAAACAUUGUUGUUCAGGAAGUCUUGCGGGAUUCUGUCAUUGCCGCAGAUGGAAGAAUAGCACCUGGGGACCAUAUUCUUGAGGUGAAUGGCGUCAACAUCAGCAGCGUGACUCACUGCCAAGCUGUCUCCUUCCUGCGCCACCCAGGUCCUGUUCUCCACCUCUUGGUCCUGCAGGAGAAGGGUUUUUCCAAUAAAACUGCACAGCAGGAUUCCACUUCUGCUGCAAACCGGGAAGUGAUCCAUGUUACCUUGAUAAAGAGAGACCGAUCUGAACCCCUGGGAAUCAAACUGAUCAGGAAGACGGAUGAGGCAGGGAUUUUUAUUCUAGAUCUGUUAGAGGGAGGUUUGGCAGCCAAAAAUGGAAAGCUGAGUCGGAAUGACAGAGUCCUGUCAAUAAAUGGCCAGGAUUUGAGGCAAGGAACACCUGAGGCUGCUGCGCAGAUCAUCCAGACCACUGAAUCAAGAGUGAACUUUGUCGUCUUGAGGCAGCCAGGGGUACAGCUGUCAGACCCGGUAGAAGAUGGCAGCACAUCAAAUAGCAGCAGCAGCAGCAAUGGUGGAAGCCCCGUGCACCAUCGGAGACGACUAGACCAGAAUCACUAUAGAAGAAAAUCUAAUUAUCAGAAGGAUUUACCUCAGGGGUACGUAAGUCAUGAAAAGACAGUUGCAAUAAAAAAGGAACCAAAGGAAUCUUUAGGAAUAACAAUUGGAGGUGGAAGGGAUAACAAAAACAAGCUCCCUAUAUACGUAACGAGUGUGCAGCCCAUUGGAUGCCUCUUCAGGGAUGGCAGAAUCAAGCGAGGAGAUGUACUUUUGAGCAUAAAUGGCAUUGAUUUGACUCAUCUGAACUACUAUGAAGCUGUCUCAGCACUGAAAUCUAAUGCGGCUUCCCACUCGGUCGUACUGAAAGCCUUGGAAAUCCUUUCACUGAACUCGCCAGAGCCAUCUCUGGACAUCAAGGAGCAAGGAUUCAGCUGGUCUCCCCUCUGGAUCACAUGGCUCGGAUUACCUAGCUACCUUCACUGCUGUCAAGAUAUUGUCCUUAGUAAAGGUAACCUGGAAAGCUGGGGCUUCAGCAUUGUUGGAGGCUUUGAGGAAAGCAAAGGAAACCAGCCAUUCUUCAUCAAAACCAUAGUGCCUGGGACUCCUGCCUUCCGGGACAGGAAACUGAAGUGUGGAGAUGAAAUAGUGGCAGUAAAUGGAGUGCCAGCGAUAGGAAUGAGCAACUCGGAACUCAUCCCAAUGCUGAAGGAGCAAAGGAACAAAGUCACGCUUACUGUGGUGUCCUGGCCGGGAAGCCUCGUGUGAAAGCUCAAACGAAAGACACAACAGUUUCAGGUAUCGGGUAUCAGUUGGCCAUCAAAGCUAAACGUGUGACAGACAAACCAAGGGAAUGCUGGACUCCUGCUACACCGUGUAUUGCCAUGGAAGACUUUUAGCCUCAGCACAGUAAAGAAAUGUUUUCUCCAAAAAGGAAGCUAUCAACAAAUCUGGUUGUUGGAUGCAAAGUAAUGGUUAAUCUGAACAGCUGUAGCUUCCUGGGCUCAUUAAAGCUCUUUAGAAUUGGUGGCGCAGAGAAAGCUCUUUUUCCAGUGUUUCUCUACAAAUUGCCUUUGAGGCGCUUCCCUCAGUUUUAGAGCUCUGCUUUCCGUUUAAUAUUUUGAACAGGUUAAAACAGGCACAACUGUCCGAUUUCCCGCUAGUUCAAUGCAGUCCUACUGAUCUCCAACUGCCAUUCGUGGACACCGAGUCAUUUUACACACGCUUUUAAAAGCCACUCGUAAAACUGUAAAGAUGUGGACCCAAUUAAGCAGUUGCCAUAGCCCCCAGUCUUGAUAUUUUUGGGUUACUGAAACCUAAUGAAUGUGUUUAUACAUUUAAAAACAACUGUAAUGCUCAGUUGACAGCUGACGAGCAUGGUGGAGCCACAGUGACUUGUAUGAAGGUCCUACCACCAGGUAGCUGUCGCGUAUCCUGAUUUAGGAUCCUGCACGAAGGACAUAACAAUGAUUCAAAACUACCAAGACGCAAAUCAAAGUCACCAUAAUACAAGGUUAUGCGCGAUGCCGGUCGCUUACCAAAGAUCUGCAGUUGGCGAGAGGUCUCUCGGCCUCGAGGAGCAACCUUGAGAGGUGUCCCAGCCCUAAGGGAGAUCACUGCCACGCAGCCAGCUGCCUAGCAGGGAGAGCGCGAAGGUGGCUCGCUUAGGCUGUCGUAUUUACGGAGUAAAGCGGUCGGCUUGUAGUCACAUUACGUGCGAUGGAAAAGGUUUGUAGGAGACUCCUUGUACACACAACUUUCUUUGUUCCUGGAUAAAUGAGUUUGGAAAAGC